AUGCGCCUCCGUUCCCUGACCUUCUUCCUCAUCACAGCUUCACUGACAUUCCUGGUCAAUCUGACCAGUUUAUUGUACCUUGCAUUUCGCCAAAAAGUAGCCAAAGUGACGCAAGACACUCAAACCCGCCUUUUUGUCUUUACAAUCGCCUUAUUUGGAUGCCAUGUUUUACUGGUGGCGGAGCAAUGCAUCUACGUUUAUUGCGGAUAUGUGAAUGGAGCACCUUGGAUGCUGUGGAUAACUGCUCAAUACCCGUAUUUCUGUGAUCUGGAGACUCUGGCACCGGCGAUUUUACUUUUGGCAACUUCGACCAAACUGAGAGGCCACGUUUUCCGACCGGUCCGAAAGUUCCUGCUGCAUUUGAUAGGAGUUGAAGCAAGUUCUAAGAGCACAACUGUGAUCGUGACUAUGUACAAAACGAGGACAAAUCCGUUAUAA